CGGCCUCCAGGCAGUCCCGCAGAAGCUUGCGGGGAGUCACUCCAUCUGCCUUGUCCCCUCGUGGGGGAGUCCACCAACAAGCAGUGGCCCCAGGGGUCUCGCGGCAGCGAAGCCGGCACGGGGGCGCGCCGCCGGAGGACCCGGACUCGAGCGGUCACCGCGGGGUCAGGGUCGGAAGCUGGCCAGUGCGGAAAAGGGGCCGUCCAAGCCGAGCCGGGAACGGCGUUUGCCCGGGGUCCGGGCGGAAGCCGGAGCAUUUGGGGGACGGGACCGCGGGAACCCGGAAACGCCUGGGCUGCACUGAGCUGGCAACAGCCACGGCGGCCGCGGCGGGAGGUGGCGGCGCUGCGGCUCGGCGGUCGCGGCGGACCCGGCCGGCUCGGCAGCCUGGGUCGCCCGACGGGGCUGAGCCGCGGCCCCUUGUGCGGGCUGCCGGAGGAGCUGCGGGGAAGGCAAAUGAAGAGAAAACAAUGUCUGCCAACUUGAAAUACCUCUCCUUAGGGAUUUUGGUCUUUCAGACUACUAGUUUGGUUCUGACUAUGCGUUAUUCUAGGACUUUAAAAGAAGAAGGACCUCGUUAUCUAUCUUCCACAGCAGUAGUUAUUGCUGAACUUUUGAAGAUAAUGGCAUGCAUUUUAUUGGUCUAUAAAGAUAACAAAUGUAGUCUGAGAACACUGAAUCGAGUCCUACACGAUGAGAUUCUUAAUAAGCCAAUGGAAACUCUAAAACUUGCCAUUCCAUCAGGGAUAUAUACUCUUCAGAAUAAUUUGCUCUACGUGGCUCUGUCAAAUCUAGAUGCAGCUACUUAUCAGGUCACAUAUCAGCUGAAAAUUCUUACAACAGCAUUAUUUUCUGUGUCUAUGCUUAGUAAAAAAUUAGGUGUGUACCAGUGGCUUUCCCUAUUAAUUUUGAUGACAGGAGUGGCUUUUGUUCAGUGGCCCUCAGAUUCUCAGGAGCUUGUUUCCAAGGAACUUUCAGCUGGCUCUCAAUUUGUGGGCCUCAUGGCAGUUCUCACAGCAUGUUUUUCAAGUGGCUUUGCUGGUGUUUACUUUGAGAAAAUCUUAAAGGAAACCAAACAAUCAGUAUGGAUAAGAAAUAUUCAGCUUGGUUUCUUUGGGAGUAUAUUUGGAUUAAUGGCUGUAUACAUUUAUGACGGAGAAUUGGUAUCAAAGAAUGGAUUUUUUCAGGGAUAUAACAAGUUGACCUGGAUAGUAGUUGUUCUUCAGGCACUUGGAGGCCUUGUCGUGGCUGCUGUUAUUAAGUAUGCAGAUAAUAUUUUAAAAGGAUUUGCAACAUCUUUAUCAAUAAUAUUAUCAACACUGAUAUCCUAUUUUUGGCUACAAGAUUUUGUGCCAACCAGUGUCUUUUUCCUUGGAGCCAUCCUUGUAAUAACAGCUACUUUCUUAUAUGGUUAUGAUCCCAAGCCUGCAGGAAAUCCUACUAAAGCAUAGCCAAAUAUAUUAUUUAACUGGUUUUUCACGAUGAUGCACUAGAAAUAUCGACAUUAAUCUUGCAUGGAGGACUUCUAUAGAUUCUGUGAAGAUAUCAUCAUGCUAAAUUGGUUCCAAUUAUUGAAAUGGUUUGAGGUUUGAAAACAUCUGAAAAUACACAGGUUUAAGGAUAAAAUGUGUGUACUGAUAUGUAACAAAACACAUUGCAUC